UCCCAAAUCUAGAGGCAGUCAAAGUUGAACCACUGCCCUCUCCCACUCUCUCGGAACCUUCUCGAAUCACACCGAAAUCCCCAAUUCUCUCUCUCCUCAAUCCCCAAGAAUUUUUAUAGGUUUCCGCAUCCCAUUUCUGCCCUCAAUCGGCGAUUUCGUCAGCCAUUUGCUCGAAUUGCGAAUAAUGGAGGGAGGCGCAUCGGUGUCGGCGGAGAAGGCCGCGGAAUCAGCUUCCUACACUUAUUGGGUGCGAGAGGCGAGCCGAGACGCCGCGCCUCUGCCCGCGCCCAAGAAGAUUGACCCGGCGGAUGCCUGCAAUCAGCCCACCCAAUCUCACCUUGGCUCCGCCUGGAAUCGGGCUGGAACGUGGGAGGAAAAGAAUUUAAACAAGUGGGCAACUGAGAGAAUCAAGGAGUUGCUUCUCUCUAUGGGUUCACUAGAGUUCUCUGCGGGCAAGGCUGAAAUAGCAGAAGUGACAAGAUGCUCUGGAGAUGCAUUCUUGGUUACUGUUAGGAACAAGAAAAGAGUUGGCUAUACUUAUGAGUUAUCACUGACAGUAAAAGGAGAGUGGGCAAUAGAAGGGGAGACAAAGAAGAUGAAAGGUGACAUUGAUGUUUCCGAGUUCUCCUUUGGUGAGCUGGAUGACUUGGAGAUCCAAGUAAAGCUCCGUGAAGACAAAGACGUCCAGCCGCAAGCUAAGCAGCAGAUUCUUAAAGAUCUGAAUUUAUUUCUGCAGCCUCUUCGCGAGCAUUUGCUUCGAUUCGAGGAGGAACUCAAAGAUGUAGACUCGUUCGACUUAAAAAAGUGAAGAAAGUUGCUGCAUACUUUUGUAUCACAAAUUAUUGAUAACAUAUGAUAUGGUCCCAUAAUAAAUUGUAAUAGUAAUUCAUUUCGAAACUAAUCACACACGUAAGUCCUCUUUGAUUAUGAUGUAACACCUAAUUAUCUCGAAAAUAGGUAAUAAAUUAGGAUACUUUUCCCCCAAGUUUCCAAUGUCAGGUUAUGCAAGUAAAGAAUUUCUUGGCGGA